AUGCCGCCACUUGAUACGACGGAGGAGGCGAUGUCCGGCGUCGGUGAAGACAACAUCAACGAACUCAAGUUCUCCAACCGAGGCUUCUGUUGUUGUUGUUGUAUGCCAUCUGGCUCCACCGUCAAAUCAAACUGGUGGCAACGAAUCGCGACCGAUGAUAGCAGCUCUGCUGCCUCACAGAAUACAAGUCAUAAAGAGUCGCGGUGGAUCCGAGGGUGGAAGAAGGUUAGGCAAUGGUCGGAGUUGGUGGCGAGAUCGAAAUUGAAUUCAUUUGUACGGCGGUUCAUCAAGAAUAAAAACGGCAACGGUGACAGGGGGAAAUUCCAUUACGAUUAUCAGAGCUACUCCCUUAAUUUUGAUGACGGAGUCGAUGAGGAUUUUUUCAACCGGAACUUCUAUUCCAGGUACGCCUCAUCAACUGUCUCAGCUAAAUCCAUCAUGGAUUUCGACAAAAAGGGGAAUUAUUAA